UUUGUUGACUUUUUUUUUUUUUUUAAUCAGCCAGCUGACCUGGUCUGGCUUGAGCAACAAACCACCCAAACGGACACCAUGACGGUGCUACGUUCACUAUUACUUGGUCUUGUUCACUCGUAGAAGAAAUAAUCUCAACAUGACAUUUGUGUGACUUCACCGACUGUCUCCCGCUGCGAGGCGAGCUCUCGUGAGCUAGCUUUAGCCUGUUAGCUGCUGACAUGGAGGGUGUUCUGCACAAAUGGACCAACUACAUGACAGGCUGGCAGCCGCGGUGGUUCGUCUUAGACAAGGGGGUCAUCUCCUACUACGACAGCGAGGACGACGUUGGCAAAGGAAGUAAAGGCUCCAUCAAGAUGUCCGUGUGUGAAAUUAAAGUUCACCCAACGGACGCCACACGUCUGGAGUUGAUCAUUCCAGGCGAGCAGCACUUUUACGUGCGGGCAGUGAACGCAGCAGAGAGACAGAGGUGGCUGGUGGCGCUGGGAUCGUCAAAAGCGGGGACGCUGGACUCUCACAGACACAGAGGUCCUGAUUGUCUCAAAACAAAAAUGUCAGAGCUGCGUCUCUACUGUGACCUCCUUGUCCAGCAGGUCCAAACCAUCCAGUCACAGUCCACCACAGACCCAGACACCACACCCACAUCUGAGGCGUCCCUCCUCAGUGCCACCUGUGCCACCUUCAUCAGGACGCUGGAGGAGUGCAUCACCUUGGCCCGGCAUAACGUCGCACCUGACCUUCAACCUCCUGAAAGGUUGAGGAGGUCAGUCAGUCACCCCGGAAUGUCCACUUUGGACAGGUCGGGGAUCCUGAAAGAGAGCUGGAGCGGAGGUCCUCGAUGGAAGCAGCGGCGGAACCGGGCGAGCUCAGACAGUUCCAUGUACGACGCCGAGCCCACGUAUAAAGGUUUCCGUUCGAGUCUCGGCAGCGACUCGUCCUCCAUCCCAGAGGAGCGCGCUAACGGCGUGAACCCGAAGACCACGCCCGCUGACACUGACCUGUCACCGCCGAGGCCGUGAAUGUAACUUAUAGAGUGAGAGCUUUGUCAAAUGUGCACUUUGGACUUUUACGCCCCCCGCCCCUUUCCACAAUGUGAACGAGUGCCACCAUUUUGUUGUGAUGGCCACGACUGUGAAUGUGCAGCAAACACGACAGCUUUGGGAUUAAGCGUCCAUCUUUGGCUCCGCCUCCCCACUCACGCCCCUGCGUCGGUUGGCGGGGGGGGGGGUGUUUAUCAUGCGUUAUUGCGACUGCCGGGACUUGCAGGAAGUCAUGUCGCAAUCCUUAGCGGGCUUCAGCUUUAAAAGUCAACGCCGCUUGUUGUGCACUUUAAAACAAUUUUUUAGGGGGACAGUGUGGCAUCUGUUGCCAUGGUAACUGGCUCCCUUUAGCACCUAAAAGCACUCAUCUUACGUCAACAAUUUAAUUAUUAAACUUAAAAAAAAAAUAUGAAUAUGGAAAUAUGCAGAUGUAAAUGUUUUUGACCCCUAAAUAAAAAAAUCUAAUAAUUGCA